GGGAUGGGGCGAGGGAUGGUUAGACAGUCAAAAUUGCAUAGAUACUAGUCCCAGCGAUCUGGGGAAUCCCUUUCGCACACACCGCCAUAGCUUUAGCGGGGCUGGAUUGCAUUGCGGCCGACUCCUUCCUUUCCGCAUCGCGUUCAGCAGAUCAUCGAGCAGUGUAGCACCAAAUAGCAACCAUGGUGCAGCGUUUAACGUACCGCAGGCGGCACUCGUACGCUACGAAGUCCAAUCAGACGCGAGUUGUCAAGACGCCAGGUGGGCGUCUCACAUUCCAGUACCCAGGGAAGAGAGGGCAGGGACCCAAAUGCGCCAAGUGUCCCAAGAGACUUCCUGGGAUACCCCAUAGGCGUCCUACGGACUACAAGAGGAUGUCCCUCAGACAGAAGAGAGUGAACCGAGCAUACGGUGGAAGCAUGUGCGCUAACUGUGUCAGAGAAAGGAUCGUGAGAGCGUUCCUUGUCGAGGAGCAGAAGAUCGUAAAGAAGGUACUCAAGGUUGCGAAGCUGAAGGAGAAGGCGGCGGCGAAGGCCCAGGCUUAGGCAGCAGAUAGAUUUCGGCUUUGUGCUGAUUGCCUUUUUGCCUAUCCUCGUUCUCUCUGGCUCUGUUUUUCAGAUGGCUCCUGACAUCUCCCUCUGUGUCCUGGAUCUUGUAAUCAAGUGAACACGUGUUUCCAAGACCUAAACUUCCAUGGACUUGUUCGUAAUGCCGGGAAUCCUGUUGUCACCUUGGUUUCUUGCAGACUUUGGUUCACGUGUUCGAGCUAGUUUUCGUUUAAGGCGGCUGUUUGAAAUAGCAGGUUCGCAGUAAACACGGGUGUUAGCUUUUAACCUCCCAGCAGAGCAGAUACUUCUGGGGGCAAGGCUAGAGAGGAAGUCUUCGGAACGAAUUUGUUUUGAAAUCAUUUUCAUCGGUGAUCGGUUGACCUAAUUCGCCAGCGUUUCUGUUGUCUUCGUCGAAUCGGGUCUUGUUCGGUUUCUGCGAUGGCAAUGAAUUUGAAUGAGAUGGAGUGUUGGGGUGGGGUGCAUUUACAUUACUUAGAUGGUAAUGAAGUUGAAUGAGAGAGAUUGGAAUGCAACGCUUGCGCAUGAAGUGUGGAGUUUGUUUUCGUCGAGAUUGUAUGCUUUGAUUUCGAUUCGUUCAGCGGAUCACUCUGUUUUGUAGCUGACAAGAAAAUCAACGUAUGCCGCUGAGGCGAUUUCCUCAGCCUGACGCUUUGUAUGACAUUGUGUGUUGUCAUGUUCGCACUAAACUCCACAAAAAAUGGCAUGCUUGUGGCGAACGGACUGUUUCGUCGAGCUUGCUGUUAGAAGGUUGAACCACGACGGGUCGUCUCCCGAGUGACUCCUGGACAAGGAUUCACUUCGUCGACCAGAGCUAGCGAUUCCCUGAAAACAGAUUUUCCGACUUGUCUGUAUCCAAACCUGCAAUUCUAGCAGACCGGCGACCGAAACACCUGUCAAGAAUGGUUCUGAGUAUGAGAAACUAGUUUGUGAUAGGUCUAAAACCAUUCUAAACAGCCAUUAAUCCAUGUGUGUGUGAACGUAAGAUGCACUACGCUACCCACGCGAUAUACGCCGAAAACGGCCUUAGCGGUUGAAUUGAACUGAAGGGGCAUGUGGGCUUUUCUCGAGGGGAGAGGGGGAGGGGAGACGGGGUGAGGGAGGAAGAUGGAAAAUGGAAAGAAAAGAGUUGUCUUGUAGGUGUUUCAGGAAGAUGGUGGCCGUCUUUUCCACGCUCGCUAUAGCUCCGGCUAGGGUUGGGAUUAGGUGAUCCGUUCAGUCGGUGUGCACGUUUCUCUUCUCCCGCUAUACGUGCGAUGAUGACAGUCAAGCGGCGUAACUGGCGUUGAGGACAAGGCCACUACGAGAUUAUAUUGCGGAAUAUUGUCGAGUUUGCCGCCAUCCGUGAUGUUCUGGAGGCGCGUAUCUACGACAACAUCGUCUUGCCAAAGAGCUGGAACGGGAAAGAUGUAGUACGGCAUGUCGUGUGCGGCUUACGUCCUGCGAGUAAAGUCGCGGGAGGACAGGAGAAAUCGUGAGAGUGCCGAGGUUGAGGAGAGAAGUGUCCGCACCAGGUGGUCGCCCGCAUUCUGGCGGAGAUCUUCGUGGGCUUGGUGAUGGUGGUUGGAGCGCUGCUGGUGGGGCAGGAGGCACAGACGCUGGUCGUGCAUUGACGCUGAUCUAUUUGCAUCAAAACGAUGUGUGCUCCCUGGGUAGUGGAAGGGAAGUACACGCACCGGGUGGUCGUCAUUCGGGUGGAGCUCUUGGUGGGGCCAGGCGGUGGUGGUUGGAGCGCUGGUGGUGCGGCAGGCGGCGCUGGCGCUGGUGGUGUUUAGACGAACGCUUCAGGACGAGGUAUUCCCUGGUGGGUUGUGGAAGAGCCGCAAAGUGUUCUAACUGCGGUAUUCACGAAGGAAUCCCGUGUACUUGAACAAGCAGGCGUUUCCUGUGAGCGGGUUACAGAAUUUUGCAGUUCUCCGCAUGGUUAAACAUGCCACCCUCAGAAUGGUUUCCUUCUCUAGGGUGGGCUACAAAAUGGGGACGCUGUAUUCUGGGGUGGAUGGAAUGGUGCACAUGCGUUGGGAUGUAUUGACGAAACAGUGGGAACGGUGGAGUGCUUGAUACCAAGAGUGGAGCAGAUGGGGUAGCUAGGUUUUGCAGAUUCUCGGCGGGCCAUAUCGAAAGAGACCGGAAUUUAGGGCAUGGAACUCGUUUGAGGUUUGUUAGUUGCGGACGCAGAGGCAAUUUUCUUUGAAGGUCUUGCCAGUCACACAAGAAGAGACAGACAGCUCAAUAGCACGGCGUAGUCUGCACGUGGUGAGGAUCUUUACAAUGGUUUGCGAAGCUGGUAUGUUUCGUUUAGCCAAAUGAUUUCUGUUCCCGGUGAAAGAGAGAGAGAAAGAGGCGUCUCCCUGAGAAAACGUAAGUAGAUAUGCCUUUAGGGGUAUGUGCGAAGCCACAAAACAAGCAUGACUGUGGUAGAUAUUCGUCCGACUUUCAACGACAUCAGGAGGUUGAACCCCAACGUUCUGCCCUGGAUGUAAUUUCUCUGAUGGAUGAGGACGCACGACGUCGUCCGGAGUUAGCGAUCACCUGAGAAUGUGGUCGACUUUACUCGCACUAACGCUGCAAUCCUAGCAGACUGUCAUUCCAAAUCUGUGUGUGGGCCUGUGUGAUUGCUAUCUUCUGACUCGCGGACUCGCUUGCAACAAAGAUAGGCCCGCUGCUCAUUAGCAACUUUUCUUGGUCAUUUGGCUAAGAUCAAGUGAACAAUUUCUUUUCCUCAGUAUCAUAUCUGUUCCGCAGUCCAUCGAGCAUAAACACAGGAUAGCAACGUUUGUAUUAGAGAACAACAGUAGAUAGAAGACAUGCGCUAGUGGAUGAAGCUGCGCUUGCUUCCUGUCUAUUUGACGCCUGUGUGCGACGACGCGCGCUUGUGUGUGAGAGAGGGAGCGAGACAGAGAGAGGGGUAUAUGUUCUUGUGCGUGUAGAGAGAGAGAGAGAGAGAGAGGUUUCCGGCCUGUCAAAUGGUCGAGAUCCACUCGGAACGCGACCCGAGAUGCUGGCAAGAUAAUUCAUGGUCUGUAAUGUGGAGGUGGCCAAGCAGAAGGGUAAGGAAACGUGUGUUUGAGACGAGCGGGAGGGAAAAGGACGAUGAAUGCGAUCGAUCAAUCAACUCUAAAACAUGGAAAAUGGAUUGAUUGAUUGGUCACGUCUCUCCAGCAAGGCAACUAAAAAUAAAACGCUUUAUGAUAA